AUGGAGGUUUCACUAGACAACAAUAAUGAAAACAAACAAAUCAGCAUGGAUCAAGCGCUUGAAAAAAUCGAAGGAGAUAUUAAUAAAGCUGUAAAUUCGAUAAGAAUAGCUAGCGUUUCUCUCCUCAGUUGUUAUACUGAAAAUGCCUCAUCUGUAGAAGAAUUUACCAAACUUCGUCGUUCGGUCACUACAACAGCGAAGAUAUACUGUAAUUAUGUCAUGCCUUUUUCUGGAUUGGUUAUUCGAAAUAUAAAAUCAUUUCUUGAAGACUACAUUGAUUUUACUCUUGAGGAGUUUGAAGAAUAUCUUGAUGACAAAAAAAGUGAUGCAGAACAGUAUGGAAAAUUGUGUCAAUAUACCUUGGAACUUCAUCAAAAUCUUCUCACUGAUUUUUUUAAAACACAAAGUGAUGCUCUUGAAGUUUGCAAAAUAUUAAAAUUAAAAUGUAAAGAGUUUGAAACAGAAAGAGUUAAACUUAAACACAAACAUGAUGUAGCAGCUGGCGUUGCUAUUGGUUUAGCUAUGAUUCCUUAUGUUAAUUUGAUUGCUUCACCAGCAAUUGGUUACCUAGCAAAUGAAUGGAAAAAGAAAUCAAUUGCAAGGAAGGAAGAAUCAUUUAUUGCAGCCGCAGCGGCUAGUUGUAUUAAUGAUUAUUUAAUUAGUUCCAUUCAAGAAUAUAUUGUUGCUAUGACGGAAAUCUCGGGAUUUUUUAAGGUGAUGGAAGGAGAUUUAUCUACACUUGUUGAGCAUCAUGAACAUGAUAAAAUCAAAAAGCACUAUAUUAAAGUUAAAGCAAUAUCAAAACGUAUUAUCGAAUCUUGCGACUCAUACACAAGAAGCAUACCUGAAUGCGAAGCCAGUCUCAAGGCAAUUAAUAAUGAUUAUGAUAGUAAUUACGUUCAAAAAUGGUUUAGAAUGACCAAAAAUAAAAAAGGGCAAACUUUGCUCGAAAUGGGUAAAGAGUUAUCUCAGUAUAAUAAUAAGAUUAUCGGUAUCUUUGGUAAUAUGAAUAUCACAGUUAAUUAA